UUCAGAAAACUUUAUUUGUCCCCAAUAUAAUGCGUGAAAUAACCAGACACUUUUAAGGAACAAAAAACAUAAAAUAGAACAAUACAUAAGCUCAUACAACAAUAACUCUGUCAUUAAUGUUCAAAUCUAAACCACCCAUGGAGGAUGUGAAGUGAAUAAAGUGCAAAUGUAGAAAGGAAUUAUAGGGAUACAUUUAUCCAACAUUUCCAUGUUACUGCAGAGGUAGCAUUGGUAAUAAAUAACAAUAAAUGAAAAUAAAAAUACAGAAUUCAAACUACGGUAAAUGGAUAAGGACAGUCAGCUUUGUGUGUCUGGGGCUUAAUCAAUCGAUCAGCUAAUUUUCUUUUGAUCUGUGAUCUUUGGUCCCGAUAAGACAUGAUCACGGUUGACGGCUCAGAAAACCGGUUCAGGUUGUUGGCUCGCAGCCUGGAUUAUAAAUAUCUGCAUACUCCUACUUCCUUGGAAAACCUUCCCUGCAUGUAACGCCCACAGAGAGUGUGACAGGAGGAUCGAGCAGCGGCAGCACCACCAACAGUCAUGAGCUCCGUGGGUGAACGGAUGAGCGGAUGAAUGGCUUCAGGAGAGACACAGCUGUGACGAGAUGAAUGAUUGCCUAUUGGCUUCUCCCACAAUGGCUGGUAACAACACAACCCAGGAGUCGCUGAUAACGUGUGUUCAUACUGACGACGCGUUCAAGUACAUCGCCUACAUCGUCACCUACCUGCUCGUCUUUCCCAUGGCCUUUUUCGGCAACUUCGGAGCUCUUGUCGUCUUUUUCAUGCAGAGGAAGCGCAGCUCUGCCUCCUCCGUGGUCAUGAUAAACCUUGCCAUAUCAGACGGUGGCUUCUCCCUCUCCCUCCCCCUGCGGCUGGCUUAUUACUUUAGGGAUGGGAUGUGGCCUUUUCCUGACUGGGUUUGCCGACUGUGCGUCUACGGCUUCUACGUCAACCUGUACACCAGCAUCCUCUUCCUCACUCUCCUGAGCGUGCUCCGCUGGAUGGCCGUGAACAAACCCCUCAUCCACAGGAAACAUGCCACGUCCAAUCGCGCCUUAUUGGCCUGUCUGGGAAUCUGGCUGUUUGUGUUCGCGUCCUCCGCCCCCUUCCUGUUCGACGGGAUCUCAUACAGGAAUGGACAACCUCGUUGCUUCGAGCCGUCCAACCCGACCUCUUGGACUCGGGUCUUGAUCCUGAACUACGUGGCGGUGCUUUUCGGCUUCAUGUUUCCUUUCCUCACCAUCGUCACCUGCUACAGUCGACUCGUCAAGCAACUGACGUCCCCCUCCGACUUCCAGGCCGGCAAUAAAGUCAACAAACAUCGCAGCCAGACCCGAGCCCGCUCGGUGCACCUGGUCGCCAUGGUGACGGCGACCUUCUUGCUCUGCUUUCUGCCCUACCACGUGAUCCGCUCGCUGCACCUGCAUGCCAUGUGCAGCGGCUGGAAGUGCAGCAUCACGCGGCAGCUGCAGCGGGCGGUGGUGGUGACGCUGUGCCUGGCGGCGUCCAACAGCAUGAUCAACCCUCUGCUGUACUACUACUCCACCAGGACGUUCAGAGCCAAAAUGAAGGACGCUCGCUCCUCGUUCCGCUCCAGUCGGGGGAAUUCCUUCAGGUCUGGAAGGAUGAGAAAGAGGAGCAGCACCAUGCAGGGUGACAGUCAGCAACUUCCGUCUUGUUGAGCACCUCCCGCUUCAGCUCAGUGGCAACACAGCACUAGUGAUGCCGUUCCUUAACUGUAUUUAUUUCUCUUAGAGCAUUUGAAGCAUGCUCCUGAAACAUUUUCCUGUGCAAUCAUGAGAAGAAACUGUUGGACGUCCAGGACUGAAAUCAGUGGCAGCUCUGCAGAGGAGGAGGAGGAGGAGGAGAUGUCCUUUUAGACAAAGCUUGUAGUUCAGGCUGCUGACCAUCCCUUAAUCAUGCUGCUAUAGGUCUAGGCUGCUGCAUGGGACUUCCUUGCUCCUCCCUGCCUCCUUCUGUCUCAGGCCUCUGGCUUCGGUCCAAGGCUUGAAAGUUUGAAAGUUUCUUCAGAAGUCUGUGAAGGUUCUCAGUCAUCCAGGUCAGGUAAUCCACAAGCUGUUAAAAGAAAAGGCAACAAGACUUGUAGAAUUUCUUGAAGAUGUUUCACCAUUUAUUCAAGUAGCUUCUGUAGAACUGAAGCUACAGACCUGGAGACAUCCCUGUUCCUGGAGGAGGUCUCACAUCAGCUGAAGGUCCCUCUGUGGUCCUUUAAACCGGAGUGACUGCUCCUUUAAAAGCUGACAGGGGAAGAGCAGUGAAACGAAGGCGUAGCUUCUGUAGAACUGAAGACGCUACUCGGAUGAAACGUCUUCAAGAAACUAUACAUGCCCAGUUGCCUCUUUAAUUUAAUGACUGUUGGAUUUCUUCAGGAGGUUUUUCUUUUUGUCCGUAUAAAUGAAAUGUAAAUAAGCUCAUGAACCACUGGGUCCAGAGUGGUUUUAUUUCCUGUGUGGGGGUGUGGUUGCUCAACUUCAUGUGGUUCACGUGGAUUUUACUCUGGUGUGUAGAACGUGGACAUGUUUCCAGCAGAGUCACAGCGCCCCCCAGUGGUGUUAGACUUAAAGACAAAGCAUCAGAUCCGUCUCAGGGUGAACGAUUCCAGAUGUUUCUCCAGCUCAUCUCAUCCUUAACACACCAAUGAGACAGUCAUGUGGUUUUUCUUGACUCACUGUCACAUAUGUGGAUUAAUCUGGUGCUGCAAAUACCAAAGUUUCCUUUGUAGUCAUUUAAGAACAUUUACACUUCGGAAUGAAUUCACAGGUACAUUUAUUUGACAUUAAGCUGCACUGUAAAUAACUGUAAAUAGUCCGGUUUACGUCGUUUUCUCAUUUUCUGUUUAAAUACAUUGCGUUUUACCGGGUCCAGGGUUUCCAUCUUCUCCCGGUCGGGCCACAGAUGUGAUGAAGUUUUUUUAUUAUUAUUAUCUCGUUAGGUCAGUCAGUUGAGUUAAGAUGUUGUUUUGUUGGCUGAAGAUUUUGAGCAGAGUUCGUUCUGUCGGACUUGUUUUAAAGACCCUGUUACCUCCCGAGUUAGUUUGAUUCAUUUGUACAAGCUAUAAGCAAACAUGAGAAUAGCAGCUCCCACAGCUGGAUCAGAAUAAACUCAUUUAAUAAACACUUAGUUCAGAAAACAAA